AUGGCAGGCCUGGAAGAACUUGGUGUGGAGAACAAGGAGGAUGUGAGCCUUCUAAGUGAAGAAAAUCUUCUGCCCUUUCUCCGUGUGGUCCAGUCUAGAAAGCUUCUCCGUGCCUUUUCAUCUCAAGGUUCCUUCUCAGCCCUGUCUCCUCCUGGCUCUCCACAACUCUCCUCAACCCUGUCCCCCGUGGGAAGUCCACAACUCCUCACCCUGUCCCCCGUGGGAAGUCCACAACUCUCCUCACCUGAGACACCCCGAACGUCCAACCCAAUGCCCUCACCACGCACACCAUGGCCUGUACAUUUUAAGGUUAACUGGGAGAAGAUGACGCCAGAGAUUCAGUCAGCCAUUGCAAAUUCUACUAGACCGAAUCCUGCUGCCAGAAGAGCGAUGGUCAGAGAGCUUGUCGAUCAAAUGAGGGUGCACAAUGCAAAUCCAAAUAGAGGGAUCUGUUUGAAAGUUGUAAACGAUAUAAUACAGAAGUACCCCACAUGUUUUGGGGAUGUGGAUGAUGAUGAAAAUACAGCUGGGGCAUCGCUCGUCCAGCAAGUAAAAACCAGAAUCGAGCAUGUCAACCGAAACAACACAUUGGCACGGUUAAGGAAGAAUAAGCACAGCAAUCGGCAGGCGAGGACAAAUGGAAGAGGUCCCGUUGAUCAAUAUGGAUGUGUCCGAUGGGCACCUCAAGAACUCCCCUCAGGGGAGACUGAUGAAACCCUACAAGAGAUGAAGACUCAGAUGCAGCAGCUAUAUGCCCAGGAAGGAAUGUCAGGCAUGGAGAGAGGAGCGCUUCAGAGAUGGCUUCAGAGAACCUACAUUCUCCAGCGUUGUGAUCUCAAUGCUGACCCUCCACACAGCGUCUCAAAAAUUAAGGAUGACUGGCCCUUUCUCUUCUCCUUGAAGGGCCUGUUCUCGCAUUUCAGUGAACUGACCGGAAUUCCAAUCCAGGAGAAGCUGCCAGCUGCCAUAGACAACAGGAGUCAGAACAUCAUAGAGUACUUCCAACAGCAGAAGACACCAGGAGUGGGGAAGGUUCUGGAAGCCUACGAUGAAGAGAGUGGCAACAAAGCUAUCUGCACCAUUAUGUGCCUGCUUGCUCACUUCAAGGAGGGGGAUGGUAUCUUCCUUACGGCUGAUCCCUCUGCCACGGCUGCUGAUAUUGAGAGAGCUGUCAGUCUGCCAAGCACACCUCGAUUAGUUGUACCAGGAGAGAUACUGCGCGGUGCAGAUAUGUGGGUUAUGUCCAUGGAAGGAGCAUGUGUGAUGGGGCCCCACAGCAACCUCCUGCAUGGAUUGGCAGCAGUCUUCGCUGCCUACUAUGUCUUCAACUUGCAAUAUCCAGCAGAAGCCGCAAGCACACUUGAAUUCAUUCAGAGAGCCUUUUGCGGCAUAAAUCCCCAGACGGGCAGCAAGGCAGAGAAAAGGCGAGGGCUGAAUGCACCAGUUUGCACACUUUUGAGGAAACUGCUGGAUUUUGAAUUGGUGGGCAGGGGAAAUUAGAGGACAUUAGUGGGCAGGGGACAUUGGGGACAUUAGUAUGUUUGACAACUCAUGUUCAACCAGUUUGGUACACUAAUACUUUGUGCAUUGUGCACUCUGUUUUUUAAGAGAAAAUAAAA